CAUCUUCCCACUCUCUCUGUUGGUGGCUGCGGCUGAAAGGCCGGGAGCGCCCCGAAGCAUGCGGGGCACGUGUGCCAGGAGGAGGCUGUGAGUCCUGGGAGCAUGCUUUGUGCCCAGCCUGGCAUCAUUCAGGAAUUGACGCGCUUACAAUUGGUGGGUCAUUAUGCUGCUGCACCUGUGUAGUGUUAAGAAUCUGUACCAGAACAGGUUCCUGGGUCUGGCCGCCAUGGCCUCGCCGUCGAGGAACUCCCAGAGCCGGCGCCGCUGUAAAGAGCCCCUGCGCUACAGCUACAACCCCGACCAGUUCCACAACAUGGACAUCAGGAACGGCCCACACGGGACCGUCACCAUCCCCCGCUCCACCAGCGACACCGACCUGGUCACGUCCGACAGUCGGUCCACCCUUAUGGUCAGCAGUUCGUAUUACUCCAUUGGACACUCUCAGGACCUGGUGAUCUAUUGGGAUAUAAAAGAGGAAGUGGGAGCCGGGGACUGGAUUGGCAUGUAUCUCAUCGAUGAGGUCUUAUCUGAAAAUUUUCUGGACUACAAAAACCGCGGAGUGAAUGGUUCUCACCGGGGCCAGAUUAUCUGGAAGAUUGAUGCAAGUUCUUACUUUGUGGAAUCUGAAACUAAGAUCUGCUUCAAAUACUAUCAUGGAGUGAGUGGAGCGCUACGAGCCACUACGCCCAGUGUUACAGUGAAAAACUCUUCAGCUCCUGUUUUUAAGAGCAUCACCAAUGACGAGGCCACCCAGGGUCAAGGCAGUCGGAGGCUGAUCAGUUUUUCUCUCUCAGAUUUCCAGGCCAUGGGUCUGAAGAAAGGAAUGUUCUUUAACCCAGAUCCAUAUCUGAAGAUUUCCAUCCAACCUGGGAAACACAGCAUCUUCCCAGCCCUUCCGCACCAUGGUCAGGAGAAGAGGUCGAAGAUUACCUGUAACACCGUGAACCCUGUUUGGCAAGCUGAGCAGUUUAGCUUUGUUUCCCUGCCCACCGACGUCCUAGAAAUCGAGGUGAAAGACAAGUUUGCCAAGAGUCGUCCAAUCAUCAAACGCUUCUUAGGAAAGUUGUCCAUGCCUGUUCAGCGACUCCUGGAGAGACACGCUAUAGGGGACAGGGUGGUGAGCUACACUCUGGGUCGAAGGCUUCCAACGGAUCACGUCAGCGGCCAGCUCCAGUUCCGGUUCGAGAUCACCUCCUCCAUCCACCCAGAUGACGAGGAGGUCUCUCUGAGCGCAGAUCCCGAGUCUGCUGAAAACCAGGAGAGUCCUGCCAACCACCCAUCAGAGGAAGGCCUCACAGAACCUCCAGGCCAGGGGACGGAGGGCCCAGAGGGCCCGGAGCUGGAGACACAGGAUGGUGGUGGUCCCACGAGUGGCUCUGGGGGAGACAGCCCCGAGGCUACCGGACCGGCCGGGGAAAAGUCGAAUGAGGAGGAGGCCGCAGAGGGUGCCGAAGCCGUCGUGGAGCCAGUUGAUGCCGUCGAUCCCACGGAACCCAGCCCGGCCGAAGAUUUGCCUUCCCUCAGUGCUGAAGAGAUCGCCGAGGGGCUGGAUCUGCUCCCUGGCACUCCCCCGCCACCGCCUCCGGAAGACGAGGGUUGGGAGCAGGGGGAGAACCACGCCGGAGAGGCCGAUGGAGAUCCCCUUGUCGGCCUGGAGGAGCCAGAGGGGGCUGAGGCAGAGGUGGAGAAAAAGGUUGACGUGAGCAUGGUUCUAGACAAAGACCAGGAUGAAGAGGAAGAAGAAUUGGCCUCCCCCGAAGAGGAUGGGCCUCUGGCGCUGAGACCCUCGGCCAAGAAGAAAAGCAGACCGUGCUCCCUGCCCGUGUCCGAGUUGGAGACGGUGAUCGCGUCGGCCUGCGGCGAACCGGAAACGCCCCGCACCCAUUACAUCCGCAUCCACAACCUGCUGCACAGCAUGCCCUCAGCCCAGGGAGGCAGCGAUGGCGGAGAAGCCCAAGGACCGGAGGAAGAGGACGAGGAGGGGCCGGGGGAGGAAGAGUCAACGGUCAAGGAGGCCUCCGAAAAGGACGUGGUCAGCGAGGCCGAGACCGUGGCACCGGACCCACCUCACCCAGGAGAUGGCGGAGAGAGCGGGGACCCCGAGGUAUCUGGCCAGCGGCCGGUGCCCCACAGUGCCUCGGCCGAGUGCUUGGCCGGGGUGAACGGUGGCCCGCUUCUCGACGGCGAGCCCCGGCCCAGCACGGGGAGCGAGAGCGACUCGAGCCCCCGGCAGGACUGCGAGGGCUGCGACACAUCCUGCUACAGCCCGUCCUGCUACAGCACCUCGUGUUACAGCACCUCCUGCUACAGCACCUCGUGCUACAGCACCUCCUGCUACAGCCCAUCCUGCUACGACAGCAACAACCGGUUCUCCAGCCAUACGCGCUUCUCCUCGGUGGACAGUGCCAAGAUCUCGGAGAGCACCGUCUUCUCCUCUCAGGACGAGGAGGAGGAGGAGAACAGCGCGUUCGAGUCGGUGCCCGACUCGGUGCAGAGCCCGGAGAUGGACCGGGAGACGGCCGACGGCACCGGCCCGUGGCCGGACGAGCUGGUUCUCCCCAACGGGAACGUUCCGAGGACAGCCGAUGGCCUGGAGUCCCCGAUAGCUGGUCCCAGUAAUCGGAGAGAAGCUGAAGUACUACAUUUUCAUCAUAUCAUUUCGUCGGCUUGGAUUUCACUAGCAGGUGAUUGUCCUUUACUACAUAAUUCUCAGCCAGUCAGCCAGCUUCCUUCCUUGAGGCCUGACCACCACCAUUAUCCAACUAUCGAUGAGCCUCUUCCGCCAAACUGGGAGGCUCGAAUAGACAGUCACGGGAGAGUGUUUUACGUGGACCACGUGAACCGAACGACGACGUGGCAGCGGCCUACCACGGCCGCCACUCCAGACGGGAUCCGCAGAUCUGGCUCCGUACAGCAGAUGGAACAGCUGAACCGCCGGUACCAGAAUAUCCAGCGGACUAUUGCUACCGAGAGAUCGGAAGACGAGCCACCCAGUCAGAGUGCGGAGCCUCUCCCUGCCGGAGGAGGGAGUGGAGGAGGGGGAGGAGGGAGUGACUUGGAAGCAGACUCUUCUCAACCAAAUCUAGAACUGAGGAGAGAGGGGUCUCUUUCUCCUGUGAACUCCCAAAAAAUCACUUUGCUGCUUCAGUCCCCGGCCGUCAAGUUCAUCACCAACCCUGAGUUCUUCACCGUGCUGCAUGCCAACUAUAGUGCCUAUAGAGUCUUCACCAACAGCACCUGCUUGAAGCAUAUGAUUCUGAAGAUCCGCAGGGAUGCCCGGAAUUUCGAACGCUACCAGCACAACCGGGACCUGGUGAACUUCAUCAACAUGUUUGCUGACACCCGUUUGGAACUGCCUCGCGGCUGGGAAAUCAAAACUGACCAGCAGGGCAAGUCCUUCUUCGUCGACCACAACAGUCGAGCCACCACUUUCAUCGACCCCCGGAUCCCUCUUCAGAACGGACGUCUUCCGAAUCACCUGACUCACCGGCAGCACCUUCAGCGACUCCGGAGCUACAGUGCCGGCGAGGCCUCAGAAGUCUCUCGGAACCGAGGAGCUUCUCUGUUGGCCAGGCCGGGUCACAGCCUGGUAGCAGCCAUCAGAAACCAACAUCACCAUGAGACGUUACCUCUGGCUUAUAAUGACAAGAUCGUGGCAUUUCUCCGCCAGCCAAACAUUUUUGAGAUGCUGCAGGAGCGCCAGCCCAGCUUGGCCAGAAACCACGCACUCAGGGAGAAAAUCCAUUACAUUCGGACAGAAGGUACUCAAGGGCUUGAAAAAUUGUCCUGUGAUGCAGAUUUAGUAAUACUGCUGAGCCUCUUUGAAGAAGAGAUCAUGUCCUACAUACCCCUUCAGGCCGCUUUCCACCCGGGAUACAGCUUCUCUCCUCGCUGUUCACCGUGCUCUUCCCCUCAAAACUCUCCAGGCCUACAGCGAGCCAGUGUCAGGGCCCCCUCACCCUACAGGAGAGACUUUGAGGCCAAGCUCCGAAAUUUCUACCGAAAACUUGAAGCCAAAGGAUUUGGUCAAGGUCCGGGUAAAAUCAAACUCAUCAUAAGACGUGACCACUUGCUGGAGGGAACCUUCAAUCAGGUGAUGGCUUAUUCCCGCAAAGAGCUCCAGCGGAACAAGCUCUACGUCACAUUUGUUGGAGAGGAGGGCCUAGACUACAGUGGGCCCUCCCGGGAGUUCUUUUUCCUUUUGUCCCAGGAGCUCUUCAACCCCUACUACGGCCUGUUUGAGUAUUCUGCCAAUGACACUUACACCGUGCAGAUCAGCCCCAUGUCGGCCUUUGUGGAAAAUCAUCUCGAGUGGUUCAGAUUUAGCGGUCGCAUCCUUGGGCUUGCCCUGAUCCACCAGUACCUCCUGGACGCUUUCUUCACGAGGCCGUUCUACAAGGCCCUGCUGAGACUGCCCUGUGAUCUGAGCGACCUAGAGUAUCUGGAUGAGGAAUUCCACCAAAGCCUGCAGUGGAUGAAGGACAAUAACAUCACGGAUAUCUUAGAUCUCACUUUCACAGUGAAUGAAGAAGUGUUUGGACAGGUAACAGAAAGAGAGUUGAAAUCAGGGGGAGCCAACACCCAGGUGACAGAAAAAAAUAAAAAGGAGUACAUUGAGAGAAUGGUGAAGUGGAGAGUGGAGCGGGGCGUGGUGCAGCAGACGGAAGCGUUAGUCCGAGGCUUCUAUGAAGUUGUGGAUUCAAGGCUCGUCUCCGUCUUUGAUGCCAGGGAGCUGGAGCUGGUGAUCGCCGGCACCGCCGAAAUAGACCUCAAUGACUGGCGCAAUAACACCGAGUAUCGAGGGGGUUAUCACGAUGGUCAUAUCGUGAUCCGGUGGUUCUGGGCAGCUGUGGAGAGGUUCAACAAUGAGCAGAGACUGAGGUUGCUUCAGUUCGUCACGGGAACAUCGAGCGUACCCUAUGAAGGUUUCGCCGCGCUCCGAGGAAGCAAUGGGCUGAGGCGCUUCUGUAUAGAGAAAUGGGGGAAAAUAACAUCCCUUCCCAGGGCACACACGUGUUUCAACCGCUUGGAUCUGCCACCGUACCCAUCGUAUUCCAUGCUGUACGAGAAGCUGUUGACAGCAGUUGAGGAAACGAGCACCUUUGGUCUGGAAUGAGGAACUUUAGCCCCUUUGGGUAUUUUCCUGGCUGAUGAUAUUUUGCUCUCUGCACCACCUCCCCCCCACAACUGUCCUUUGAUUUUUGUUUCCCAUGAGUUUCAUUUUCCAACCAAAUCAGGACUGACAAAAGCUGUGCAUGAAGAACUGCCUUCCUCCAAAUCUAACGUCCGGGCUUUCCUCCUCCAUUCUCCAAGGACCGCUAGCCUGUAUGCAAUAUUAAAAACAACCGUUUCGAGGUCUCUCUGUAUCUCCUCAUACCUCCAUUAUUAACGAUGAAAUGUGAAUGCAAGUUAUGCUACACCUGACCAAAUGUUAAUGAAUGUUUACUUCCACCUGAACCAAGUAAAGGACCGACUAACAUCAA